GCUGUUCCUACCUGGACUCUCUAAAUACACAGGAGACGGGAUUUAACACCAAAAAAAUGGCUUUAUAGUUGGAUAUUACUGCGCUUUUCAUCGAUAUCGACUUAAAAUUGAAGUUAUGAGCCAGCCUCCCCGUUCAAACCGGGGACACCGGGAGAGAAAUGGAGACCACCGGCAGAACCGAGACGAUGACAGACGGACAACACCAGACAGGUCUUCCUCUCGACCUUCCUACUACCCCAGAGAGUCCGACCACCUUCCCCAACAUGAGUGGGAGGUCCCACGAGUGGAGCAACAUGACUCCAAAUGCACAAACAUAUGCUCCAGGAGAGGCAUUGUUCUGAUCUGCACCGUCCUGACCAACAGCUUGGUCAUCAUCUGCUUGGUAGCAGCUCAGAUGGUGACGUCGGGCAUGUUGGCCAUGAGCGGGAUGGGCAGCUUCAACAUCAACUCCAACUUUAACCUGCAGGGCACCGAGCUGCAGAAGGCGCGAGACCUGGACAUGCAGUACAGCCAGAUGAGAGCGCCGAGCCUGUAUGGCGGCCUUCCCUUCAGCCUGACCUUCGGGGUCGUCUCGCUGCUGUUCGUGGUCGCCGGGAACAAACCCCCCCACCGGAUGUCCCGGAAACUCCUGGUGGGAGCGCUGGUGUUCCAGGCGGUGGGCGCGGUGGGGUAUGUGGUCGCCGUCAGCCUCUACCUGCACUUCGUCAUCAGGGUGAACUCCACAAACGUGUGUAAGCGACGCGAGUGUCUGUACGCACGCAACGGCUACACCUGGAUGAACUGCGACGUCAGCGGGGCGGACGCAGCCGUGGCUCUGUUCGGCCUCAUCACCGCCAUCCUGUACGCCGUGGGGACGGUGCUCACCAUCAAUACCAUCCGCAGGGUGAAGCGCUACCUGCAGGAGCGGAAACAGAGACCGCAGUCCCGAUCGCAACCACAGAGAGCCCCUCUGAGGGCCGACACCACGUCUGUGUGAGCAGGACUGAGGUGGAUGGACUGAGAGACAGUGCGGACUACAAGACUGUCACCAUGAUUUACCUUUUAACUGAAAAAUGUAGAAAUCUGAGACUAAAAAGUUUACAGUUUCUAAAGUCUGCCUUAAAAUAAUAAGCUGCCUUUAUGAAACAUGUUCUUCUUGCUGUUAUCAUUCUUCCUCUUCACACUGGACAUUAGAAGUGA